AUGUCCUUCAUUUUACCUUAUACAGGUAACGCUGUAGCUUCGAAACAGAGAAGGGAGCCAAUUACAGUUAAUGAACAACAACAGAAUGGGGAAGAUGAACGAUUAUUUGAACAACAUAAAAAGGAACUGGAAGAUAUAAUAGAACGACAAGAGGAACGUAUAAAGUCAUUACGCACAGCUCUCGCUAUUGAAGUUGAGUGUGAUGAACGUGCGCGUCGCUCUCGACUUUUAGGAGAGAAGCAAGAUCUUAACUCUGAACUCACAUUAUUGUCUAAUAAGUUGCAUACUCUUGAUAUGAGUUGGCGAGAGGCACGUCAAGCAAGUGAUCAUGAAUUUAAAUGGGGAGAAAUGAAGUCUAAACUAUCCCAAACCUUAUCACACACAACUGAUUUACAGGAUGAAAUCAAAGAAUGUGAAAAGCAAAUUGUUGAUAUUGAAGAUCUCAUGAAUAAUCGUUUGGAGAGAAUAUCUACAGUACGACGAGAACUGCAACAAGCACAACAACAAGUUAAAUGGUUAUUAGAAUGUCAGGUUAUAGAUGAUCAAUCUUUUACUAAUCGAAUAAAAGAAGAAGAAGAAAAUCUUAGACAACUUAUUGAAGCACGAAAUGAAAUGGAAAAAGAGGUUUCUCAGUUGAAUGAAAAGGAAGGACUUGAAGUAUUACCAUUGAAAGAAGAUGUAGAUAUAUUGGAACAAUAUUUAGAAGAAAUGCAAAACCGAACCCAUGAACUUCAGCUUCAAUAUCAAGAUUUUAAAUAUCAAGUGGAAGAGGCAAAAAAAAUUGAAGCUGAUUUAUCAGGAAAUACAGCUUUACCCCAUAUUUACAAACGAUCCGUAGAAUAUGUUGAUCAACAAUUAAUUCGUUCACUGAAUGAACAGUUGGAAACUGCACGUCGUCUAAAUCAUUCUCCAAUUUCUGUUAAUAGUAAUAAAGAACAAUGGUUGCAAAAUUACUUUGUUGUUUGGAGCAGUAUAUGUCAUCACUGCACUGGUUUACUUCAAGAUGCAAAAUUAGCUUUUGCGAAUGACCUUACAAAAGUAAAAGAAUCUAUUAAAAUUUCUCAACAGAAAAUUCAUGACAUUAUUGGUUUCCAAAAUGGAGAAGGAAAAGAGAGAGAGAUUGCUUUUUUAAAUCUAGAAAAUUUGCUUCAUUUAAUGUGUGAAGAAGAAAAAGUAAAGAAAGAACUCUUUUACCGUAUUGAGGAGAAUGCGAAAAACAUUGGUGAAGAACCUACUUUAUACCUUUCUUUGGUAAAUACAGAGGGUUAUGAUGAUAUCAUUGAUGAAGAUCAGGAAGAGAUAAUACUACCAAAUGAAGCCAAUGAACAUGAGUUUGAACCUAUUCCAGAAGAAAACCCAGAGGUAGUUAUUUCUGAAAUACGAAGUAUGGCUGAAAUUUCUUCUGAGAAUAUGAAGGAAAAUGUAUUGAUGCAAGAAACAACAUAUCGUUAUCGAAACUAUUUACAAAAAUUUCUACAACAAAAAUCCUUACUUAAGAGUGAACAGAUAAACCGAAUGCAUGUCCCACUGCGGCGUACAGUAGUAUCCAAUAACCCACCAAAGACAGUAGAAGAGUCAUUAAGUCAAAUUCAACAAAAACUCAUUGAUGAAGUUGUAAAUUUUGUUAAAAAUCAAAAAACAAAUACUAUAUGGGGACAAAAAAAUACUAUUAGAGAAAACUAUACUUUAGCAGAUCCAAACUAUGCGUUUGAAGUUCAUGAGAUGCAGGAAAAAAUACAACGAUUACUUUCUAAACGUCAAAGUACUUUUCUCUUGGGAGUUGAUCAUGGAGAUAAUUCUAUGAGGGUAACUUCAGAAAUAGAAGUAUUUCGACGAAUAAAUAUUGAAGGUGCUCGUCUACCUCCUAAUAUUGUGAAUGCCUCAUCAACUCUUCAAGCAAAAUAUUUCUUGUCUUGUGCUCUUCGAGGGUUUACCGCUGUGAUUAUAACGUCUAAUAUGAAAAUUCCUACUGUACGACAAAUAUUUCUAACAAGAGAUCUUGAAUGGCUAUGUUUACGGGAUGUGAGCAAACCCGAAGGGACUAAUUCAGAGCAUGUAGAUACGGCUGUAAAGUUAAUAGAUGUGUAUGACAUUCUGUUACUUUCUAACGAGCAACUUACUCUCAGAAAACUAAAACCAGAGUUAUCCUUUGCUAUUAUGCUAAAAAAAGGAAAAGAACGUGAAGACUAUUGGGUUAUACAAACGGAUAAUUCUGAAAGCAGAAAGUUCUGGGCCUAUGUGCUUGCAUGGAUAAUAAAUGAAACUGCACCUGAAAACAAGGAUGCUGUUAUUACUUCAUUAAAGAAAGCAAAAAAGAUUUUUGUUUUAGAUGCAGCUAGAACAACUGCAGAUACUGUUGAACCAACAGAACGUCACAAACUUUUUGUUCAGGUUGACGAAAAGUAA